UCUUUUCAAUUUUCAAGGGUGGUCGAAACAAAAACAAAAAGCAAGGUCAAUAAUACUGUGAACACCAGCCUUGAUUAUACAUUGAAUUGUAUUCGAAAACGUCGAACUCGUUAUUAAAACGUAUUACUGUGACAUACUUGUUCUUAUUUUCACCGAAAAUUGACAUGCUCUCAUAUUUGAAAACAUAUUUAUCUUGCAGUUAAAGUGUUAUUAUUUUUGUUUUUUGAUGGCCUGUAAUAUUUCAGUAUGUGUAGUCAUGCUUCAGAUGUCUGCCAGGCUCUUGCUAAUAUCGUUGCUAUGACAGCGUUACAAGCAAUUGAAUGCAAAUCGUGUGGUGAUCAAACAAAUGUUUGGAUUUGCACUGCUUGUUUUCACGUCGGUUGCUCUCGGUACAUCAAAAAUCAUGCCCUAAACCACUUCAAAGAAACAAAUCACAGUGUGUCGAUAUCUCCUGCGGACGCUUCUGUUUUUUGUUACGAUUGCGAUAAAGAUCUUACGCUUUACGAGCAAAAGAUAGUAGAAUUGCAGAAGGCAAUCGUUGUCAAUCAUGUUAACCGUAUACAAGUUGUCAUUAUUGAAUCAGGUUCUGACAUCAGCGAGGAAAAAGCCAAAAACACUAAGCAGAACUUGGACGCUAAUGAUAAUCCAGUUGAAGUUUUUCUAACUAGAACUUGUGGACUACGGAAUCUGGGUAACACUUGUUACAUGAACGCAGUUUUGCAAUGUCUUGCUAAUCUUUCUAUAUUCGCUCAAUACAUAGCCCAAGUAGCCGUCGAUCCGACAUGCUCAAACGAGAGCCGAACCAGCUCUGGCCGUAGUACGAGGUCGAGUAGACAUGCAACACAAGUACCGGUAAUUGCCGAGAGUCUAUCAUCGUUAUUUCGAGCUAUGAAUUCUGAGAAAUUGAGUCACUCACAUAGUCCCGACUCGUUUCGAAAUGCGUUCGCGAAAUUGCACGAUUCUUUUUGGGGUUUCCGGCAACAAGACGCUCAUGAGUUCUUGCGAAUUCUUUUGAGCCAACUCGAAUCAGAGUUUCCUGUUUACCAGCCUCAAUUAACAGACGUAAUCAGCAAGUGUUUUGGAGGAAAAUUGCAAAGUUUAGUCGUUUGCAUUCAAUGUGGAUCUGAAUAUGAAAAAGUGGAUUAUUUUUAUGAUCUGUCGGUUGACAUUCCCCAAGAGUUUUGGAGUAAACCCAAAGAUCAAAGUUGUAUGGAAGUAUGUUCUAUACAGGACUGUCUCUCAAAAUUUUUCACAUUAGAAAGUUUGACCGAGAACGAGUGGUUUUUCUGCGAAGGAUGCAAAUUAAAACAACCUUCAGCAAAGCAGUUUAUGAUCCUCAAAGAACCCGAGAUUCUGUGUCUUCAUAUUAAACGGUUCAGACAUGACAAAACUACUAGGUCGAAAUUGAACAGUUUCAUUCAGUUUCCCCUGAAGGGGUUAGAUCUAUCUCAGUACCUUGUGGAAAAUGAUAACGUUGAAAUGUCUCCCUGUAAAAAGAUGAAGAAAACGGCUUUGUACAAUUUAAAAUCACUCAUUUUGCACCAUGGUAGCAAUUUAUCUUCAGGACACUACACUUCAUUUGUAAAUAUAUCUCAGAAAGCGGUGCCAAAUCAAAUCUCUCAGAGUGUACAAGAAACUGAAAAAUGGUUCCAUUUUAAUGAUAGUACAGUGACCGAAGCUUCAGUAGACUCAGUCAAAAAAUCUUCCGCUUAUAUCUUAUUUUAUUGUAAAUCGUGAGCUUUUUUAUUUCUCUCUCUCUAGCUUAAUUUUUCAUUUCUGUAUUGUUUUGGCUUUUUGUACAUGUUGAUUAAUUUAAGU